UGUGUGGGGACAGGAAAGGAGGCCAGGGUUGGUUCUGCCAGGCUUCCAUGCAAGAUUUGGGGUGAGUUUGCAGCCGCUCAUUGCCUUUGGAGCUGCUCUCCAGGAUACGGCCAGACCCACCUGCUGGAUUCUCUGCAGGAGGUCGAGAGAGCUCCCGCCCGCGCCGGGACAUACAGCUAGGACGCAGCCAUCCCUGCUCUCGAGGCGACAGACGAGGGGCUGGUGAGCACUUGGCCCUCGCGGGGAGCAGCCUGAGACGUAGAACGGGCUGGGAACAACGCUGCUGCUGCACACUGAGUGGAUGUUUUCCAGGAACUCUCCACCAUGACUCCAAGAUCUCUCUCUUGAGCGUGACUUGGCAGAGAGACCGGCUUCAAUACAGUCCUUUAGCAGGAUGGCUAUGGACCUGCUGAACAUCGUGUUGCUGCUAGUGCCGGCAGUGAUCGCACAGACGGACACGCGGAUUGUCGGGGGCUACCCCUGUGAGAGACCCCAGCCCUGGCAGGCCGCGAUCUUCGAUUUAAACCGGCUGUACUGCGGAGGAGUGCUCAUCAACAAGGAGUGGGUGAUGACGGCCGCUCACUGCAGACUGCCUGGCACCACCAACAUACGGCUGGGCGAGUACAACCUGCGGCAAAUGGAUGACUCCGAGCAGCGCCGGGUGGCAGCGAAACUCAUUCCCCACCCCAACUACAACCCCACCACCAAGGACAACGACAUCAUGCUCAUCAAACUCGUCACCCCCGUGCAACUGAAUAACAACGUGAACCCCAUCGCACUGGCCAGCAGCGCCGCCCCGCCGGGGAGCAUCUGCCGGGUGUCUGGAUGGGGCACCACCACCUCCCCCCAACCAGCGUCAUUCCCAGCCUUGCUGCAGUGUGCUGAUCUCAGGAUUGUCUCAGCGGCAGAAUGUCGAAGAGAGUAUUCCAGCUUGGUCACGGACAACAUGCUGUGUGCUGGUGUGCAACAAGGAGGCAUUGAUUCUUGCCAGGGUGACUCCGGGGGUCCCCUGGUAUGCGGCGGGACCCUCCAAGGCAUCGUGUCGUGGGGGUUGGAGGAGUGCGCCCAACCUAACAAACCGGGUGUUUACACCAAGGUCAGCAAAUACAUCAACUGGAUCCAGCAAACUGUACGGGGCGGGUGAGUCGCCCCGGGAAUCCCAAUAAAACAUGAGAGACACA